AUGUCGACUGUACGGCUUCCCUUCGCCAACGAGAUCAUUGUUGAGUAUCCCCACGAUACGCUCGCGACACGAAGCUUUCGCCAUGAUGUGCCUGACGGGCUGGUCAAUCAGCAAGAGGAAACAGAGAAACUCCUGGUAACUUCCGAUACACCCGUAUCCAUCCCACCAAUACCUCGCAAAAAGCGACCAUUGUCUCUUCUCGCCUGCUUUCUGUACGCGUUUAUUAUGAUAUUCUGCUGGAGCAUCACAGCUAUCUUGUGCAUCCGACCCAUGAAAGGAUCCGGAUGGCACGACUCGUACACAUACGUCGGACCAUGUACCUACUCCGAAGGUGGCAUGUCGCAUGGAUUCGAUUGCGAUAGCGAUGAGAACAUCAUGACAAUGAGUCAGCUUGCGACGAAUGACCGAUGGAGGCGGACUGUCCGAGUGCUUGGUACUAUCAUGUCUGUCGCCGCUAUUCCGGUAUCUUCGGCGCUCUGUGCCCGUGGUGCCGUGGCCUAUCUUCAAAACAGAUAUCCAGAGGACUUUCCCUUUAGCAAGGUAAUACCUCUAGCUGAUCGUGGAUGGAUGAGCCCGGUUAUUAUCAGUCAGGCGCUGUUCGGACGUGAUGGACGCAAGUAUCUGAGCUGGUAUCUGAUUAUUGCUCUAUGCAUAUGUGCCCUUGGAUCCUUGAUUUGGCCCCUGCAAGAACUCCUCCUAACACAGAGAAGCAUGCAGCUGUUGGUUGUCGAACGUGAAGGCCCACCAAGCCCCUCAUCAUACGUCCCAGAUGCAGAUAUCGCCGGGCUAUCGCAGGUCAACUCAACAUAUGCAAUAGGCGCAACUAGAGCCGCUAUCGAUACGGCUGAAUACUGGGAUAGCCAGCCCAAUAUAUGGCGCCAGCCAGAGAAUGCGUGCAACGAAACAAGUACCUGGACUCGAUCCUGUACAACCACUCCAGAGCGAGGUGGGACUUUCUUCUGGCCACUGUUGGGAAAUAGUACCUUCGUUUCGAAUCUCGCUAGUACAUUGAAUACGGGGCUGGCUGUGAACCAUGCCUUUCGGUUCAAUUCUUCUGUUGACUGCGUCACUGUGGAAGAGAGCGCAUAUCCUCAAUCGUGUUCAGGCUUCACGGCAUCCACUACGCUCAAUCCAAGUUCUGAGUCCGGCGAGGACCAAAUAUUCAAAGUCUGCGUUCCUGGGGACAUUCACAGAUUCCCUUGGAACGUGACGCGAAGUCGGCAAGAUAUAAGUGAGGUGAUGUACUUCCAUUUCAAUUCAGCUGCUGUAUCUUCCCUUUCAAAUGCCAGCUCUAGCUUUACUCGGCGGUGCACCGCAAACACAACAGCUGGGUACUUCCAGCUACCGAACAAUCAAAACUCCACAUUCGGGCCUUUACUGGAGGAGUUUGACCUGGCACUUAGCGAUGAUUCUCAAAUGGCGUUCCCUCCUAAAGGAACUGCCUCAAGCCACUAUCCGCCUGAGAAGCUAUUAGGACAUGCGUAUCCUAUCCCGGACCCCCCCGACUCUCCGGCGCUUGGUCCCCUCUUAACAGCUGCACUGAGUCUCUUCGGUCCAUCAACUUUCUUCUCCACCCGAGCCAACACCAGCGGAACUGAAAAUACACCAGCGCAUGAAAAUGCAUCCAUGGCACCCGAGAACUGCACCGACACCAUCCCUCUCUACUACGUCGCGUCGGCCACCGUCUCUACAACUUCCGAAGAAUACCAAAAGCUCCAGCGGUGCGCAUCAACCUCGAAGUCAGCCUACAACACCGAUCUCAGAGCCUGGCUAAGUGCCAUGUUCCUUGUAGACAGUAAUGACAAUUAUAAACAACGCGCGAAGGAUGCUUUCACCCAGGCUGUUUUCUUCGCGAAUAAGGCGAAUCUGGCCCAGGCGGCGUCUAUUCCGGACUAUCGCCGGAUUAUUCCCUUGGAUGAAGGUGUUCAGGUUGAGAGGUUGUUUAUGGCUCCUGCGGGUAUUGUGGUGCUGUCUGUGAUUAUUGGGUUGCAUUUGUUGGGGUUGAUUUGGGUGUCUAUUUAUUCGGCGUGGUGUCCGACGUGGACGGAGGUGUUGGAUGCUUUGGCGGUCGCGAGGCUGCGGGUUAAGUAG